AGUGGACAGGGAAGAAAUUGAUUAGUUGACCAGUAAAGAAGUGGGUUUAAAGGUUUCCACUGACUCUAGAGUGGUUUUAAAGGUUCCCAUGGACUUUUUGAUAUUUAUUUUUUGCCCGGACACUCAUUGUUGGACUGUCUACAUCGGCACUUCAUGCUCAGCCCCGUCCGAAACUUCAAGAUGCCACCCAAAGUUUGAGAAGUUGGCAUCAUGGAUCACAUGUCGUCUCCCGUUAGGUACCGCAGCAGUAAGAGAGUUGUCCAGUCUGUCCAUUGAGGACCAGGAGGACUCUCAGUUUCCUUACGCCAUGAGGGAUCUACCUCCCGUCUCUCAGCCUAGCGAACGGCACCAGACACCAGACCACCAGGCGCCAGUCCACCGUGAGGCAGAUGGAACUGGGAUGGCAAUUAACGGGAGACGCCCCAGCCUCCCCGGGACGCCCUCUCUGCCCCGUCACGUCCCCUGCCAACCGGCCGGCUCUCCGACAGUCCCUCAGAGACCAAGUCGUGUCAAGCUCGUCUCUCAGGUGUCUGUGGAGUGUCCGCCCAGCCCGGCCUCACGUCCACAGAGCCCCUGGGCACGCAUUGACCCCUAUGACUCUCCAGAGGAUCAGGACAAGGAGUAUGUGGGUUUUGCCACAUUGCCCAAUCAGGUUCAUAGAAAGACGAUGAAGAAAGGCUUCACAUUUACACUUAUGGUAGCAGGGGAGUCUGGCCUCGGUAAAUCCACACUCAUAAACAGUUUGUUCCUCACGGACCUCUACAAAGACAGGAAGGUUCCCAACGCACAAGAACGGAUCGACCAAACAGUCGACAUCGUCAAAAACGCACUUACCAUCGAAGAGAAAGGAAUCAAAGUGAGGCUCACCAUCAUCGACACACCAGGGUUCGGAGACGCCGUCAACGACACAGAAAGCUGGAAGCCACUAGAAGACUACAUCGACCAGCAGUUUGAACAGUUCUUCAGAGACGAGAGCGGGUUGAACAGAAGGAACAUGCAGGACAACCGAGUCCACUGCUGCCUCUACUUUAUCUCUCCGUUUGGCCACGGUCUUCGACCUCUGGAUGUGGCGUGUAUGAAGGCCUUGCAUGACAAAGUCAACAUAGUUCCGAUUGUGGCCAAAGCUGACACCCUGACACCAAUGGAGGUCUACAGAAGGAAGCUGAAGAUCAGAGAGGAGAUCGAGCAGUUUGGCAUCAACAUCUACCAGUUUCCCGAGUGUGAUUCAGAUGAGGAUGAGGACUUUAAAAAGCAGGACCAGAUACUCAAGGGCAGCGUCCCGUUUGCAGUAAUUGGCAGUAAUGUUCAGGUGGAGAGUGAAGGUCGCAAGUUCAGGGGUCGUUCCUACCCCUGGGGGGUGGUAGAAGUGGAGAACCCGGAUCACUCUGACUUCCUGAUGCUGAGGAACAUGCUGGUGAAGACGCACAUGCAGGAUCUGAAGGACGUGACGGGCGAGACGCACUAUGAAAACUACAGAGCCCAGUGCAUCCAGAACAUGACGCGCAUGGUGGUGCAGGAGAAGAAACGCAGUUUGCGCGAGAAGCAUCGAGAGCGGAGCGAAGCCGAUUUCCCUCUGCCGCUGGCUGCCGCCGACUCCGAGACGGAGCAACUCAUCUUUGAGAAGGACGAAGAGCUGAGGAGGAUGCAGGAGGUGCUGGAGAGAGUCCAGGAACACAUGCAGCACAGCCAGAGAGAGGGUGUCUGAUUUCUGAGGACUCCCCUGGAAGAGGAGACAAACACAGAGGAGGCCCCAUUUAUGAUGCAUGAUGAAUAAAAAGAGAUGGAACUUGUACGAAAAGGAAA